AUGGCUCCCAUCGGUCAGAUCUACGGCUACGUCGGCCACCCCAAGACCAACGCGGCUCUCGCCGCCGCCGCCUACAACGGUCUCGAGCUCGAGGUUGUCGACACCCAGGCCAUGAGGGGCGACACCAAGAAGCCCGAGUACCUUGCUCUCUUCCCCUACGGCAAGAUCCCCGCCUUCAAGGGCACCGACGGCUUCACCCUCACCGAGUCCAAGGCCAUCUCCCGCUACAUCGCCGGCCUUUCGGACAACUCCAAGCUGCUCGGCACCGACGCCAAGUCGGCCGCCCUUGUCAACCAGUGGGUCUCGUUCGCCGAGGACGAGAUCCUGAACAACGGCGUCCAGCUCAUGCUCCUCUGCCUCAACAUCAUCCCCUACAACAAGGCCGCUGAGCAGCGUAUCUGGGCCAACCUCGACCGUGCCUUCGCCUACGUCGAGGCCGAGCUCAAGAAGAAGACCUUCAUCGUCGGCCACCGCGUCACCCUCGCCGACCUCCACCUCGCCGCCUCGAUCGGCAUGGUCUUCGCCCGCCUCGGCGGCGUCAACUUCCGCUCCAAGUACCCCAACUCGGUGCGCUACUUCAACACCAUCACCAACCAGCCCCAGGUGCUCCCCAUCUACAAGGAGUUCAAGUUCACCGAGGACAACAUCAAGUUUGUUGCGCCCAAGAAGGAGGAGAAGCCCAAGGCUGCCGCCGCUCCCAAGGCCGAGAAGCCCAAGGCUGCGCCCGCGCCCAAGGACGAUGAGGACGACGAGCCCAAGCCGGCGCCCAAGCCCAAGAACCCUCUGGACGACCUGCCCAAGUCGUCGUUCAACCUGGACGAGUGGAAGCGCACCUACUCGAACGAGGACACGCGCGAGAAGGCGCUGCCCUGGUUCUUUGAGCACUUUGACGCCGAGGGAUACUCGAUCGUCAAGCUCGACUACAAGUACAACGACGAGCUCCAGGCGGUCUUCCAGUCCAACAACCUCAUCGGCGGCUUCUUUGCGCGUCUCGAGGCCUCGCGCAAGUACACCAUGGGCACCCUCGGUGUGUUUGGCGAGAACAACAACAACCUCAUCACCGGUGUCCUGAUUUGCCGCGGCAAGGACCCCAAGUCGGUCCUCGAGGUGGCUCCCGACGCCGACUCGUACGCCAUCACGCCCCUCGACAUCUCCAAGCCCGAGGACAAGAAGUUCUUCGAGGACAUGAUGGCCUGGGAGGCUGUGGUCGACGGCAAGGCCUUUGCCGACGGCAAGAUCAUGAAUGAUGCGUUGAACCGCGCUCUGCAGUCAGAGAUCGCACAGUUGCGCGCGGCGAACCCCGACUGUUCGGGCGAGUUUGGUCUGCAUGCUACACUGCUUGCUGGACUAGGCGAUCGAUCCAUCGACCCCAUUGCCCUCCUUCAAGUUGCGCAGAAAGUAGUGGCGCACUGGCACACCAAUCACACCCAGCUACAAGUAGGCCUGAAGAACGUCGAGACCAGAGGAUCGUACUUUCAGUGUAUCGUGGUGUCCCUCAUCCGCGAUUCGGCACUGCUCGAGCUGUACACCGCAGCCAAAGAUGCAGUGGAUAGCGCCUUCCCCGCACCACCCAGCGCGCAGCAAAGGCCCGACUACUUUCCACACAUCUCGCUCAUCUAUGCCCCACUCACCGCCACUCAGGCCCAGUCGCAGAUCGACGACAUGCACGAGCGCGGCGUCUUCAACCACACCGACCACGGCAUCGCAUUCCAAGGACACAACAACGUCCAUUUCGCCUCACUCGACAUCGUCGAUUGCACGGGCAAACCAGAGGACUGGCGUACACUCCACUCCAUCCCCCUUUGA